AUGAGCUCCAUGUUCAAAAAGAAAGGCGGUUUCGCCUUUAAGCCGAAAGUCCCCACGGCUCGAACAAGAUCUGCCGCAGCGGCAGCGCCGAAACCGGUCGAGAACCAACCUUUGAUCGAAACGCGGAUCGACACUCCAUCGAGCGAUGCAACAGAUGGGCUUGACAACAACCCCCCCGGUGUUGAUAUUUCUCCUUCAGAGUCUCAUUCUGUUAUUGGGGAACUGACAUAUCAACCAAGGAUUGUUGAUCAAUCCAAGCCAGGCGUAUUGGAUGAUCCGCCUUUGCAAAGAAGCUCAUCGUCCCGUCGCGGAUCAACCACAAUCAAUGAAGAUUUUCAGGAGACGACAACUUCUACCGCCGACAUAGGCGAAAAUAUAUCAAAUGAUGCUGAUGGGCCAUUACGACUCAAGACCGUUGCUGGAGAACCGGCCUCCCGACCGGAUCUAGUCAAAGCAACCUCCGCGUCAGUCAACGGCGACUCACAAACCCGACAAGUCCAACAGCCAAGUCUUAGAUCUAGUUCCGACACAAGUCUUCACCAAGCACCUGGCCUUGCUGCCGUUGCCCAGGCAGCCGUCCCAGCACCGUCCACCCCAGCAGGUCCACCGGCGUCCGCGCCAAGCAAGAAACCGCCUGGGACAACAAGUUCGUCUAAAAAAAGGGCAGAGGAACACAAUGGCGAAGAGGAUGACGGUGCGAGACCGAAGAAACGGAAGCGAAACGCCCCCCAGCAGGGCCGUGAUGGUACUGCACUGGGUGUUCAACCACAGAAACGCAAGGCCAGUACAUCCACUGGUACAUCGUCAGCUGGUGACCCAUCCGAUGCGAAGCCAAGGACGAGAAAAGCUCGCUCCCUUACUCCCGAAGACGCCGAAGAGCAGACGGUGGACCUACAGCAGCUCCGCAUGGCUGACCUCACAAAAGAUCUUCGAAUCGGCAAAAAGUUUAGUCGUCACGACGAGUUGCGGGAUCGUGAACGGCUCGCUCGGUUAAAGUCAAAGGUUGGUAAGGAUGGGGAGCUGAUGGAAGGCGUGGACUCUGGCUCAGCAUCUCCCAUUCCGGACAACAGGCUAAAGAAGAGCGGUACCCCCGGCAGCUCCUCCACGCCGGCCCCGGCUGCCACAUCUGGCCCCCAGUUCCGCAUCGUUGAUGGGCAGAUUGUGGUUGACCAAAGCUCGCUGGUUAUGGACCGACAUGCUCGGGCAGCCGCGGCGCAUGCAGGAGAGGACAUGGAGACGAUUGAGGAGAACGACUUCACAAGGUUGAUCACGAGCAGUUCUUUCAUGAACACAUCAAAGCUCAAGGGCCCAAAUAUCUGGAAUGAUGCAGAAACAGAGCUCUUUUACCGCGGGCUUAGAAUGUUCGGCACGGAGUUUGAGAUGAUCUCCAGGAUGUUUCCAGGCAAGCAGCGACGGCACAUCAAACUCAAAUUCAACCGCGAGGAGCGCCACAAUCCGGCGCGCAUCGACGCGGCCCUGAUCGGGGAGAAGACGAUCAAGAUGGACAUUGAGGAAUACCGAGCGUUCACCGGGGCAGAGUACGAGUCUGUCGAGACGAUUGAGGCGGAGCAGCGCAAGAUCCAGGAGGGGUACGAGGCAGAGAGGCAACGCGUGGUCGACGAGCAGGCCGAGAUUAUGCGCAAGAAACGUGACGAACUAUUCGCAGACGACGAUGAAAACGGCGGCAAGAAGAAGCGGGGAAAGAACAAAGGCAAGCAGGCAAUUUCUUACGGAUUGAACGGCGAACCCAUCAUGCGGGACAGUUGA